AUGUUUUGGCGCUUUGGAGGAUAUGCGAGUGUCUCCACCAUCGAUACCCUGCUCGACAAACCCGAUGUCACCCUUGAAGAACUUUUGGACGAGCCAGAAAUCGUUCAAGAGCUGAAACAGCUUAAUACAAAACUCAUUGAAUAUCUGCGCGAGGAUCAUGUCUUGAAACGGCUUAUGGACUACGUGAUUGCGCCAAGCUUAAUCAAUGAUGAUGAUGAGAAUGACGAAGAUGAUUCGAACACGAAAGAUGACUCCACCAAAGACAAGGAUGAUGAGGCCUCCACGGAGCAAACAGAAUCAAAGGAAGAGAAGGAGACCGACCCGUUGAAGGAUAUCCUCGACCCGGAAGACCUGGAAAAGGUAGAGAAGUCUCGGUUGAAACAUUCUUACAUCGCUUGUGAGGUCCUUUCUUCUGAGACAUGGUCCAUUCUCGAAUCAAUGAUGGCCAAUCCCUCGUACAUGCGCGACUUCUGGGGCUUCCUGCGACGGUCUCCGCCUCUUGAUUCCUUGCAGGCAAGCUACUUUACAAAAGUCAACGAGACGCUGCUCGAUAAAAAGACCGAGGAGAUGCUGGAGUUCUUGAAGUCCCUCGAUGGAAUUGUCGACGCGCUCUUGCAGCACGUUGAUAAUCCAAUGGUUAUGGACCUUCUCCUGAAGAUUAUUAGCCUGGAGAAAGCAGAGGGUGGUCAGGGUACCGUCGACUGGCUCAAGUCCCAGAACCUCAUUCCCACACUACUGUCCUUCUUGUCACCGGACCGACCGGCUUCAGUCCAAACCUCCGCAGGUGACUUCCUCAAGGCCAUCAUCACUAUUUCCGCAAACGCAAGCCCCAACGACCAGUCAUGCAUUGGACCCAACAGCCUCACGCGCCAGCUUGUGUCCGCCCAGUGUGUUCAGCAACUCAUUGAUGCUAUGCUCCAGGGCGGCAAUCCGUUGACCGUGGGUGUAGGAAUCGUCAUCGAGGUGAUUCGCAAGAACAAUUCUGACUAUGAUCCCGAAACCAUUGGUGGACCUGACACCAUGUUAACCACGUACGACCCAAUUUAUCUUGGAACGCUUCUGCGUCUCUUCGCCAAACAUAUUCCGCAAUUUAUGGCUCUCAUCCAAAGUUCUCAACAUACCAUCCAUGACGGAACCAGAUUGAAGACCGUCGAGAGAGGCAAGCUAAGCUCUGCCUGGGGCGGCCAAAUUGAGCCACUUGGCUUUGAUCGUUUCAAGACCUGUGAACUAAUGGCAGAGUUACUACACUGCAGUAACAUGGGACUUUUGAACGAACCGGGCAGCGACGAGUAUGUGAAGCAGAGAGAUGAGGAGCGUGAGAGGUUGAUCCGAGAAGGAGUUUUUGAUCCUCAUCACGACGAGCGCUCCGGUGUUGAUUACAAUGACACCACAGUCGAUUUCACCAAUGAAUCGGCCCUGGGCUCUGGCUCUCCGGAAGAUAUUAAAAUUACAGAAGCACCACGCGUCGGUGAAGAAGAAGGCUUUGAGGAUGUUGGUGCAUCUGGUGUUUUGGUUGGUGGGCAAAACAGUGCUGAUAAGCAGACCGACGCAAACUCGCAACCAUCUGAAACAGUCGUCGAGCUUCCUUCGACCACCAACACAGAGCCGAAAUCUGGAGAUCAGCCAGCCGUGCCUGAAAGUACGAGCGAAUCUACUCUGCCAUCAUCGCCAAGCAUUGGGCUUGAUGAUCAGGUUGAUAAACUGAAGCUCGAGAAUGACUCACAGAGUGAGAAAAAGGCCGAUGAUAAGGACAGCCAACAGUCUGAGUCGUCAGCACCUGAAGAUGUUCCAGCCCCUCUCUUCUCGAAGGAUGCCGCCCCAGAGAACACAUCAGACGCGGUUGAUCAACCAGCGGAGCGUUCUACCACCGAUGAACAGACAGAAGAAGCAAGCAUCAUGAACGACGGCGGAGAUGAGGACUCAGUCGAGCAAUACAUUCAAAUUGACACUGAUGGAAAGCCCGUUGUCGGUGACUACUUGAAGAUCCAGUUUGUUGAACACAAGGUGGUUCCGACAAUCUUGGGCUUCUUUUUCCGAUUCCCGUGGAACAAUUUCCUCCACAACGUUGUUUAUGAUGUGAUUCAACAAGUCUUCAACGGGCCCAUGGAGCGUGGCUACAAUCGUGCCCUUGCAGUCAAUGUAUUUGACACAGGGCGCAUCACAACUGCGAUUGUUGAAGGCCAGAAGCGCAGUGAUGAAGCGCAGAAGACCAAGCAAAUUCGCCUCGGUUACAUGGGUCACCUCACACUCGUCGCAGAAGAAGUCGUCAAGUUCAGCGAGCGCCACCCGCCAGAGCUGCUUUCUCGGUCGGUUAUGGAAAGCGUACUCAAUCCAGAUUGGAUUGAGUAUGUUGAACAGAUCUUGUCCGAGACUCGUGAGCGAGACAAUGCCAUUCUUGGCGGCGUCCGCCCGGAUAUGUCCGUUGGGUCUCGGCAGACCAGCCUAAACAACACCGGCUCUGGACAGGGAUUUUCUAACUCCAACGCUUUAGCAGAUGCAGGCUUGAACGGAGGAAUUGGUGGCUCUACUUUCCAGAGCUUUGACCUCAACCAAGGAAGUGUGUCUGGUGGAGCAUUCGGAGGAGGUGGAACAUCCCUCUUGAGUGGCUUUGCAAGCUCGAGCGAUGAUGAAGAUGAAGAAAUGGAAGAUCAAGACGACCGGGAUGCUGGCAACACCGAUCAAACAAAUUCUGACGAUGUGUCAACAAGCUCGGCAAGCCAACCGAUCCCAAUUUUGCCCCCGCCCCCUGCCCCAUUGAGCCUAGGACCAUCCCGGGCACGACGACAGCUGGCAGCGCGUCUUGCUGCUCAAAAACAGCAAUCUUCCGAAAACACAGAGGGCCAGAAUGAGGAUAGAGAACAAAAUGAAGAUCGGGAGUCAGACUGGCCAAGCAACCCGUUCGUCAUUGCAGGUGUCGAUGAUGAUGCUGAAGGGGCCAACUCGGCUUUCCCCAACAGUGACUUUGGCUCCAACACCAAACACUCCCCUACCUUCCCAGAAUCCGGAUUCAGCCCCCCGGAUUCCCUUUCCACCAACUCAUCCGAUGAUGAAAACGACGGUCGUGCUGAGUCCGUCAGACGCCAGGUCCGUGUCCCCCUCGAAGUCGAGGAUGAAGACGACGACGAGAUGGGCGAGAUGGUGGGACCUAGCAGCAUUGGUAUGAUGGAUUCGGACGAUGAAGACGAAGCCAUCAUCAAUGAAUCCCUCGGUUACUCCAACCUCUCAGGUCCCGGCCGGUACAACAACUUCCGCCGGGCCCGGGCCGUCAGCUCCCAUUACGAAGAAGAGCAGAACGACAGCAGUGAUGGCGAGGAUGAUGGACUAGUAGAGAUCCUGGUUCCUGGUCGCAAAUCUUCGACCUCGAACUAA